UACAUAUACGUAUUAUACCAUCACAUAAUCAAAUAUUUUCUUUACUGAAAAUGUACAUAUACCCUUAGUAUGAAAUAUAUGAAUACCAUAUUGUAGACUGUUGAAAGGAGAAAGGACCGAUCAUAUUUAUAUUUCAGUGAAAGAUAACUGUAACAAGGUUAUCUCUGUUGUUCAACUCUGUAGAGGAUUUCUCCUGAUACUGACAUGAACGGUUUGGUUUACCUUUUCGAAUUCGUGUUGUUAUUUUGUGUUGCACGUCUCACUCGUGGGGAAACUCCAUGUCCUGCCCCAUGGAUCCACUUCCACACGUCCUGUUAUGUAUUUGCCACCGGUUAUCCUGUAGACUGGACGGAAGCUGGGUCUUUUUGUAAUCGAAUGGGUGCAAAGCUAGCAGAAAUUGAAACUGCAGAAGAAGACAGCUUUCUUCGAUUGCAUGCCAUUGACAAUUACCAGCAAACUGGAGGGAGCUUUUGGAUAGGGACGUACAGAUGUUUUAAUUGACGGUGAAUGGAUCUGGAUAACUACACAAAAGAAAAUAAGCUUCGCAGAUUGGAACCCUGGUGAACCCAACGGUGGUCUGCAUGAGAGCUGCUUAAUGUUACACAAUGGAGCAUCCAAGUUCCAUUGGAACGAUCAACCCUGCGAUUCGAAGCUUUUCUUCAUAUG